AUGACUCAGUUUGAAUCACUUCCUAAUGAAUUAAUUUAUGUAAUAUUCAAGUAUUUGAAUGCCAGCGACAUAUUAAAUGCACUAUCAAAUUUGAAUUCACAUUUUACUGCUUUACUUACUAUUUAUAACGAUUACAAAGUUGAUUUUCGAUCUGUAAGCAAGGAUCUUUAUGAUUUUGUUUGUUCCCAACUCGUUCCAUCUCAUGUUCAAAUGCUUUAUUUAUCUAACAAGCGUAAUACAUAUGGACAAAUUCAGAAUUUCUUCAACCGUUUCUCGUUAAUUUCAUUUAGUUCUCGACUUCGUUCCUUGUCUCUAAAAUCCUGUUUAGAAAAUGAAUCCAAAGAGAUUAUUGAUCACCUGCAUUUAUUAACAAAACUUACCGUAUUAUCGUUCGUAGCCAAUGCUGGUGCAGAUUUCAAUACAGAAUCACGUCGUCGACUUGUCAAAGCAAUAUCACAACUUCCACUUUUGCGAAUUUGCACCAUUAAACUCUAUAGCGAUGAACUUAUUUUCGAUGAUAUACCUGGACUUGUAUUCCAAUCAUUGAAAUACAUUUGUCUUGGCAUUUCAUCUCUCGAUCAGUUGGUAUAUUUAUGUCGUUGUGCUCCGAAUUUAAAGCGCUUAAUUGUUGAUGCUAUAAUUGAUGAACCACUUAACAUUGAUGACUGUUCUUCAUUGGCAAACUUAACGCAUCUAUCGAUAAGAACAGAAGCAACUAUGGAAGAAUUCGAACGACUACUUUCAAAAGCACGAUCAUUAGUUUCUCUUUCACUUGUCUGUUCUAAUUUUCAAUGUCAUGAUGGAAAUCGUUGGCAACAAAUAUUGUCAAAGCUUCAUCUCUCAACAUUGCGUUUUCUGUUCUUCACAGACCCAAGUCCAGCUAUCAAUUCAAUUAUAGAUCCGUUUCGUGAGAAAUUCUGGUUAGAACAUGGCUGGCAUAUUCGUUAUGAACAACAAAAAACAAACGGGUAUAAUAAUUUAUAUACCAUUCCAUACCCGGACUUAUCUUUCCUACUAGAUUUAACUGAUAAUUUUACUGUUGCAUCUACUACAACAGUAGAUGCUAUGAAAAUCUUCGAACCAGUUAGUGAACUUGUUUAUAUUUCGUGUGAAACCGAAGUUCCUAGCAGCAAAAGUUAUUUUUUUCCUCAGAUUAGAACGUUGGUUCUUAAAACUGACACAUUACCACCGUCUAGUAUUGUUUCCUUCAAACAUAUUACAGAAUUAAGAUUAUAUACUGCAUUAACGCAAUACAUGUUCAAUGAAGUGUCAAUGCCAGUUCUUACGCGACUAGUUCUACAAGUUUUACCCGCAACCUGGACAGUUCCAUGUUUUAAUGGACGAAUACAGCAUUUAAAACUUCGAACCGCUAUAGGUCUUACUGAGGAUGAAGUAGAAGCAAUGUGUGCUUCGACGUCAUUUGCUACUAAUUGUAAGCAUGUAAGUCUACCUAUUCAAUCAAAGCAAAGUGUACGCCUUCUGCUUAAUCGAUUAAGUUGCUUAGGAAGCGUCGAUUUUUUGUUCUACGGAAAAGUUUCUUUAGCCGAUCUGGCCAUUACAGAAAAUUGGAUAAGAAAUGAAACAAAUCUUCGCAACUUUCUUCUUACCAUUGACACACAAAAAGAACGAUUGACUCUAUGGAUCGGCCGAUCAAACGUUGUGGUUUGA